GAAAUAAAUAAUCCAAUUUUAGGAAAUAAGCUCCCUUAUAAGUUAUAAGGCUUACAAGGGGAAAAAAGAGUUAGCAAAAUGGAGUCCUAGAUGUUUAUUGCCCAAUAAAAAAAUUCAAGGUCGUGUCAAAUCGAUAAUAACCAUUACAAAAUGAGCCCGAAUUACAACUCAUGACUGUUUGUUCUUGGAAUCGUCUUUCCUCCUCUUGUCUCGAUAAUUCUUGGAGUGGAAAUCCAGGAAUAGAGCCAAAAGGGAAGCAUUGAAAACCGCAUUGAAGCACCAACCCGAUAUUCCGGAGCAACCCGACCCAGUAAAGUGAAAAUACAACAUCAACCCUGAAAUCGCAAAGCUAAACACAAACUGGAUAAUCUGGCAAUUCGUUACCAGCCGUUUCCACCACGGUCGGUAACCCAGUGCGCAGAGCAAGUAGUAGGCGUACAUUAGCACGUGAACGGAGGCGUUGGUGACCAGUGCGACGGGGAACAGCGUCUGCGCCGUCGACAGCCAGAGGUAGCACAUCACCACCACCACGGCGUGGUGGUAGACGUGGAGGAAUGAGAGCCGUCGGGUGCGGGACCCACUGAGGAUGAUCAACAGGGUGUCAAUGAAUUCGAGAAUCUUCGAAAGAUAGAAAACUUGGGCCCAGAAGAACGUUGGUCCACGCGGAGGCGUGUGAUUGGCCGGGAAGCAGACCACCCAGCUCCAGUCGCGAUUAGGCAUCUGGUGGAAGGCGGCGAGGGAGCAUCCGGCGGCCAUGACGAGGGAGAGGAGGCAUAGGAUCAGGUUGUGCGCGGCGGUGAUGAGACGGAGGGAGACGGAGGAGAGGGGUGGGAGAAGGUCAAAGCGGUGGAGAGAGAGAGUGAUUCCGAGAUAGGUGAUGACUGUGACGGCAAGGAAAGGAGGAGAGGAGCCUAAUGUGUGGCCUUGUUUCCACUCGAAUUGGCUUAUUGCUGGGUGGUCCACCAGCCAGUAGCGGACGGCGGAGAUGAGAACCUCCAUGGCAGCUGGAUAGAGAUGAAACGAUUUUUGUCUGGGUUGAAGCUAAACUUUACCCUCUGUCACUCUGUGAAGGAGGGUUUCAGAUAACCCUCGUUAACCGACGGACGAGUACAGACAAGACAGGUAAUGCCACUCGCCAUUUGCUCUGGCACGGUCCAUUUUCGGCCCAAACUGUUUUCUUUUUUCAAUGGGCAGUUUGACAUGGUUUAUUUCAUAGAAAUUGCUCAGGAGCAAAAGCGUUUUUGAAAUUUUAAAAUAGGAGUAUCAUGCUUUUUAUUACCUGAAUAUGAGUAAUCUGACAAGUUCGAAAAAAAAAGCCAUGUUUCAAAGCCUAGUAAUGCCAAACUUGGCAGAAAUUUAUUCCUAUUCAAGGAAUAAAAAACAUGAUAUUCCUAUUUUGGAAUUUCAAAACUUUUUUACUCCUAUUUAGGGAAUUCUCUCUUUAUUUUAGGGAAUUUUUGGUGGACUAAAAAGUGAAAAUAAUAUCACUUUUUUUCAAUUUUCAAAGUUUUUUCAAAAAAGAUUAAAGAAGAUUUUCUUUUCAAAAAUAAAACAUGAUCACUAUGUCUGCUUGUUACGUAGAAUUUGCACAAUGAAGAUUUUUAAGAAAUUGCAUACGGAAGAUUCAAAUCCUUUUUAUGCGCCAAUCUACCAACUUUUUACUCCAUUAUUUGUUGGAUAUUAUUUUUGUGUUUCUUUUUGUUGAUAAAUUUGAUUUUUUUUGUUUUAUAUUGUUUUUACAUGUUUUUUGUUGUUGAUAUUAAAAAUUUCAAACUUAUUCAAAAAAAGAUGUUUGUGUGUGUAUGUGUGUGUAUAUAUACAUACAUAUAUAUAUAUAUAUAUAUAUAUAUAUAUAUAUAUACAUACAUAUAUAUAUGUGUGUGUGUGUAUUCUAUAUUGAAGCUCGAAAUGAGGAAAAUGAUUUUAAUUACAACAUUUGGUUUUGUUGAUUAAGAUAAGAUGAAAGGGCCGGUAAGCAGCCAGUGGUAAUUGACAUAAUUAACUAUGCAUGAUAAACAUGGGUAUUUACAAUUUUAGUCCCCCAAACAUUCAAUUCAAUUGUGUCCGUUAUUAAUCCUAUAAUUUUCCUCGUAUGCAUAUUUUAUCCCGUAACUAAUAAAUCUUUACAAUUUAAGGAUUUUUUUCUUAAAUUGUAUCCGCAAAGUGUACUUUUAAUUUGGCAGUAAAGUUCUUAAAUUGCAUGGUCCGUAACUAAAGUUAAAAGACUAAUAACAGUCUGUAACCAAAGGUAUGACUAAAAUUGUAAAUCUCCAUCAUAAAUAUUCCAUUGUUGACUCAGAUUGGAAAAUGUAUUUGCAUGCAUGCAGAUUGAAAAGGUAGUCAUAGACUCCAAGUUCUUAAUUAAUUACUACUAGCUUGUUCUUUACUUGAGAUGAGGGGAGACAUGAAGGAUGAAGAAAAGAUAGAUGUGCAAAAGGGGCAAAAGCAAAUCAAAGCAAACCCCGUUUAGAAAUUUUGCUGGAAGGAAGACUGCAAUCCCAGAAAGUCAUCCUUAGUUUGCCCUCCCUCCUUCCUUCUCAUUCUCAAGAGGACCUUCCUGAACUGUGCAUCUAUAUAUUUCUAUAGUAAAAGCCUUAGCUUAGCUUUAGUGUAAACUUUCCGCCCUCUAAUAAAAACAUAAUCUCUCCCUCGACCGAUCUGAUGCCUAUGAACCUUUUUCAUGGAGUGGAUAUCCGAGUGAACGGGUUCCGGAGAAUGAGAAGAUACCAUUACUACUGGUGCAGGCAAUGCCGGAGAUCGGUCAGAACUGUUUCGUCAAACCCCGUUGGGAUAUUAUGCCCCCGUUGUUUCGCCCAAGUCCGGUUCGAACUGGACGCUACCCGAAGCAGACUGAGGAGGAGGAAUGAAGAAGAAGAAGGCUCUGCAAGAGGAGGAGGGUUGCUUGAUGCUUUGGCCGUCCUGCUGGAUCCCCCACUCGGUCAAGAAGACCAAAACCGUGAUCUCCGGCAAGUCCAUCGUUCUCUUGUGAUCUCGCAGUUCAUUGGUCCUGAAGAACAGACUAAUCCCCGGCCUCCUAUGCCGGUCUCUCCGGACGAAAAUGAUCGAUUUUAUACUGACCCCCAGCUGACCGCUCCUGAUGAAGAAGAAAGAUUUGGGCCGCCUCCGGCGACAUCUUCAGCCAUUGAAUCUCUACAGAGAGUGGUGAUCACUCCAGCUCAUUUGGCCAUCGACUCGACCUGCGCCGUAUGCAAGGAUGAGUUUGAGGUUGGUGAUGAAGUGAGGGAGCUGCCUUGCAAGCAUUUCUACCAUUCUCCCUGCAUUCUCCCCUGGCUUCGAAUCCACAACACCUGUCCUGUUUGUCGCUGUGUUCUGCAAAGCUCCCCGACCCAUAAUGACGAAGAAGAUAAUCGUCCUUCUGCUGCAGAUCCUUUUCACCGCGAAGAAGAAGAUGAUGGAGAAGCUGCUGAGGUCGACCUCAUUAACCCUGUUGUUCGGUUUUGGGAUUGGAUUUCGUCUUUAUGGCCUUUCAGUCUGCUGCCGAACUGUAUGCACCCAUUAACACAUCGUCCUCAAACCUGGCUCCUUCUUCUAUAGGUGAGAGAAUAGCUUAAGAAUUUGCAUUGGUUAUGAUAGAGAUGGGGUUCUUGUACAAAUGACUAAAAUAAACAUGACGUACAAAUGAGUACUUAAUUUAAAUUAGUAAAUUUUCAUGACUAAUAUCAUAUUGAAUUUCUACACUACAGUAUCUAUAAAAAUGCACUCGAAG